AUGAACAUCUUCACUUGGUUUGGAGUCCCUAGAGCCAUCAUUAGUGAUGAGGGAACCCACUUUGAUAACAAGUUGACUGCCAAGUUAGCUGGGGAACAGAGAUUACUAGAACUUAAUGAGUUAGAAGAGUUUACGACACAUUCAUAUGAGAAUGCGAGGAUAUACAAGGAAAAGACAAAGAAGUGGCAUGACCAAAAACUGAUGCCACGAUAUUUUCAUAUUGGUAAACAAGUGUUUCUUACAAUUCCAGUCUUAAACUUUUUUCCUGGGAAACUCAAAUCUCAAUGGUCAGGACCAUUUGAGGUGCAUUAUGUUUAUCCCCGUGGAGCAGUUGACAUUAACAACAUAGAUGAUGGGACAAUCUUUAAAGUCAACGGCCAACAUCUAAAAAUUUGCAAUGGAGCUUCACCUGUGUGCGAUAAGUCAGCUCUUUACUUGCAAAACGCUUGA